UAAACAGAAGGGACUCUGGUAAUGGAAAAAAAAUAUUUUGCAGUUGGUGUUGUUUGCAUCUUUGGGAUAUGUGCGGUUAUUCUCCUGGUACUGUUUGUUCCUCACACAGCCGAGUUUAGGAAAAGAUUCAUAAAGAAAUGUGAGGAGUACCCGCAGAAAAGCCACAGCUGUCAAGAUAUAUGGGAAACCUUUGAAAAAGCCUACGUAAAUAAGAACCCACUUAACUUUUCUGAGACAAACUAUGAUCCACUCUUUGAAAAGAUUCUCUUCACACAUCCAAGAAGCCAAACGAUGCUCUGGAGUGGCACAAAAGGGCUGGUCCAUGACUUCACAAAGAAGAGAGGUUGUUUUUUCACCCUGGAAGACACUCUGUUGGGGUCUCUGCUGGAUAAUCAACAGUGGUGUGGACUGAAAGGCAGCAAGGAAACGUUCGCCUUUUUUUGUACAAUUUACAAGAACAACAAUCCCGUUAUUUCAUUCUGGAAAAAUGCCUCCAGGAGGUUUGCACUAUAUGCAACUGGUGAAGUAACAGCUAUGCUAAAUGGUGGCCUAAAAAAACCAUACGACCCUAAAAGCAUUUUUGCAAGCAUUGAGGUAAAGACACUCCAGUCCCCCCGGGUGAAGCGCCUCAAUGUUAUUCUGCUCACUGACAACAACAGUGUGAAAAAGUGCAAUACUGACGCAUCUCUGCAGAAUUUAAAGAAUGAGCUGUAUGACAAAGGAAUUUCUUAUACUUGCAGAGACGUGACGAGAUCUCACAUCCGGAAAUGCAUAAACGAAAACUAUGCCUGUGGAACCUGCUGGUGAAGAUAUCUGAACUAAAUGUCAAACUACAACACCACAAGACACAUGAGACAGCUGCUAAAAACAAAAGAGUUUUAAUUUUUUUCCAGUCCUUGCAAAUUCAUUAGAAUGCUACUAAAUGUUUUGUAGAUAAAGUCAUUUUGACAGAUUUAUUUACUACAUGUGGCAUAUAGCUUUUCUUUGAAAAAUUAUGCUAAAUUAUUAGUCCUGCUAUCAGAAUAUGUGAGAUUCAAAUAAAAUUUUAAAAGGUCAA